CGAAUAUUAGAACAGUGUCCAAAGACAGCGAGCCGAAUCUUGUCCUUGCCCCGGGUGAUUUCUGGGAAAUAACGUUGCAGAGCAGGCUUAGCAACCUUAUGACCAAGAAGCUGGCAGCCAACAAAACCUUCAAGCCCGAUGAUACCACCUUGAUAGUAUCUGUGCGAGACCGCUCCGAAGAAGACCCAAUCAAGCGAUUCGAUGAUCUAGAUAUAGAAUGGGAGGUCGUCGAGACGCAGCUGCGCACGUGGAGCCACUUGUUUCGUGCUGGCAAAAAGCUAAAGAUCAGUGUUUCCUUCAAUUACGUGGAGACUGGACCAGCGGCCGGCAGUGCCGGACGACGGGGAACGAAGCACUCAGCAACGUAACGGAUGCUUGCCAAGCGCGAUAUAGAGCUCGAAGGCGAGCGCAACAGGACGGGAUAAGCGGCGUCUUAGGAACGAGUAUAUAGCCUUAUGAGAUGUCCCGGUCCGCCCUAUAAUCUUGGACCGUAUUGUUGGGUUGAUGAUGACGGGAGGAAGUAUCAUAAGCUGAUGACUCGUUAUCUGACCAGUUUGGUUGCCUACGUUGAGGAUGGUAGAAGACUUAAGAGCCAAGCAGCAUCCGUAAACUGCUAUAUGCGGAGGACCAGCAGCGUUUGGACCGUCAGGGACGGUCCCAGAGUCAAGCGAAAUAUCCACCUAUUAACAUUACCAAUGUCAUGCCCGGAUUGGAUGCUUCUGCAGGGGUUUCGCUAUCUGGACACGGACCCGGGCCGGCGCCUGCAUCUGUAUCCCCCCAUACGCCGACACGAUUGAAGAUCUCUGGGCCAAGAGAUUCUGCACCGAGGAGUUAUUACCAGUGGCAGUGCGCACAAGUGCUGGAUAAUUCGUUCAAGGUAGGGUAUCGGAAGGCGUACGAGGUUAUGGUCGAACAUUGUCUUGACCUCGAACAAGUGGA